CACUCACACAUUGCAACCGAUCCUGUAAUAUGAAGAUCUGGGCCAAAUACGGAGCAAGUCUAACGUGAUUGGAGGGCUCGCAACUUCCCUUUUGAAAAACUGGCUAGGAGCACAAGUGUUUACUUCCCGCGUGACAUUAGCAGGGGCAAGUAGAUCAAUCGAACCAUGUUUGUCGCGCGGAGCAUCGCAGCCGAUCACAAAGAUCUGAUCCACGAUGUUUCCUACGAUUUUCACGGGCGGAGAAUGGCCACGUGCUCCAGCGAUCAAAGCAUUAAGGUGUGGGACAAGGGUGAUAAUGGAGAGUGGAACUGCACAGCUAGCUGGAAAACUCACAGUGGCUCAGUUUGGAGAGUGACAUGGGCCCAUCCAGAGUUCGGGCAGGUGCUGGCGUCCUGCUCCUUUGACCGUACUGCAAUAGUGUGGGAGGAGAUUGUUGGAGAGUCCAGUGACAAACAACGAGGGCAGAGCCACUGGAUAAAGAGAACCACACUUGUGGACAGUCGAACGUCAGUGACCGAUGUGAAGUUUGCCCCGAAGCACAUGGGCUUAAUACUGACCACAUGUUCUGCAGACGGGGUUGUGCGAAUCUACGAGGCCCCUGACGUGAUGAACCUGAGCCAGUGGUCCCUACAGCACGAGAUCUCUUCCAAGCUCUCCUGCUCCUGCAUUUCCUGGAACCCUUCCAGUUCUCCAGCUCACUGUCCUAUGAUAGCAGUCGGUAGUGAUGACAACAAUGUGACGUAUGGUGGCAAAGUUCAGAUAUACGAGUAUAAUGAAGUUACAAGGAAAUAUGCCAAAGCUGAGACAUUGAUGACCGUUACAGAUGCAGUACAUGAUAUUGCAUUUGCUCCAAAUCUGGGACGGUCCUUUCAUGUACUUGCAAUUGCCACAAAAGAUGUGCGCAUCUUCAAAUUGGUUCCCCUUCGAAAGGACAGCUCCUCCACAGCACCUACUAAGUUUGAGGUGCAGGUUCUGGCCCAAUUUGACAAUCAUAACUCUCAGGUGUGGCGUGUUAGUUGGAACAUCACCAGUACACUUUUGGCCUCCUCUGGUGAUGAUGGCUGUGUGAGGCUCUGGAAAGCAAAUUACAUGGAUAACUGGAAGUGCACAGGUAUUCUAAAAGGAGAUGGUAGUCCGAUGUUUGGAUCACCUGGUACCCCUGGUUCUCUAAGCUCUGCCCUGGGCUCGGCUUCAACACGGAGUGCUGUAAACGGGGCUGGAAGAUAGAUGUGCAUCCUGAGGAAAUCUGGAGCUGAGCAAAAGAAAUGCAUGCUUCUAAGCAAUAGGACCUCGCAAUGAUCACUGGGACCAACUGAUGUACUUGCUGGACAUGCAAAGAGACUGGCGCUUAACAUGGAUCAUUUUUUUAAAACUGAGUCUGCCUUUAAGGAAUGUAUUUUUGGUCGACUUUGCUAUGUGUCAACAGUAUUUUUUUAAUGUUUGAAUACAGAAAAAAAAAAAAAAAAAAAACGUCUUGUUUGCUUAAAUUAUGAACUGAUGAAUCAUACAGAAGUACAGUUUAAGUCAGAAGUUUACAUGCACCUUAUCCAAAUAUAUUUAAACUCAGUUUUUCACAAUUUCUGACAUUUAAUCGUAGAAAACAUUCCCUGUCUUAGGUCAUUUAGGAUCACUACUUUAUUUUAAGAAUGUGAAAUGUCAGAGAAUGAUUUAUUUCAGCUUUUAUUUCUUUCAUCACAUUCCCAGUGGGUCAGAAGUUUACAUACACUUUGUUAGUUUUUGGUAGCAUUGCCUUUAAAUUGUUUAACUUGGGUCAAACGUUUUGGUUAGCCUUCCACAAGCUUCUCACAAUAAGUUGCUGAAAUUUUGGCCCAUUCCUCCAGACAGAACUGGUGUAACUGAGUCAGGUUUGUCGACCUCCUUUGCUCGCACAUGCUUUUUCAGUUUUGCCCACAAAUUUUCUAUCAGACUAAGGUCAGGGCUUUGUGAUGGCCACUCCAAUACCUUGACUUUGUUGUCCUUAAGCCAUUUUGCCACAACUUUGGAGGUAUGCUUGGGGUCACUGUCCAUUUGGAAGACCUAUUUGUAACUGAACUUUAACUUCCUGGCUGAUGUCUUGAUGUUGCUUCAAUAUAUCCAUAUAAUUUUCCUUCCUCAUGAUGCCAUCUAUUUUGUAAAGUGCACCAGUCCCUCCUGCAGCAAAGCACCCCCACAACAUGAUGCUGCUUCAUGGUUGGGAUGGUGUUCUUCAGCUUGCCAUGGUCAUUAUGGCCAAAAAGUUACAUUUUUGUUUCAUCAGACCAGUGGAAAUUUCUCCAAAAAGUAAGAUCUUUGUCCCCAUGUGCACUUGCAAACUGUAGUUUGGGUUUUUUAUGGCGGUUGUGGAGCAGUGGCUUCUUCCUUGCCGAGCAGCCUUUCAGAUUAUGUCGAUAUAGGACUCAUUUUACUGUGGAUAUAGAUACUUGACUACCUGUUUCCUCCAGCAAUUUCACAAGGUCCUUUGCUGUUGUUCUGAGAUUGAUUUGCACUUUUUCGCAGCAAACUACAUUCAUUUCUAGGUGACAGAAUGUCUUUGUACAGAUGAACGUGGAACCUUCAAGCAUUUGGAAAUUGCUCCCAAGGAUGAACCAGACUUGUGGAGGUCCACAGUUAGUUUUUUUUCUGAGGUCUUGGUUGAUUUCUUUUGAUUUUCCCAUGAUGUGAAGCAAAGCGGCACUGAUGAGUUUGAAGGUAGGCCUUAAAAUACAUCCACAGGUCCACGUCCAAUUCAGUACACCUCCUAUCAGAAGCUAAUUGUUUAAAGGCUUGACAUCAUUUUCUGGAAUAUUCCAAGCUGCUUAAAGUCACAGUUAACUUAGUGUAUGUAAAAUUCUGACCCACUAGAGUUGUGAUAUAGUCAAUUAAAAGUGAAACAAUCGGUCUGUAAACAACUGUUGGAAAAAUUACUCAUGUCAUGCACAAAGUAGAUGUCCUAAAUGACUUGCCAAAACUAUAGUUUGCUAAUAUUAUAUUUGUGGAGUGGUUAAAAAAUGAGGUUUAAUGACUUCAAAUAAGUGUAUGUAAACAUCUGACUUCAACUGUGUUUGAGUCAGGAAUGUUGUGAUGACAAAAGGGACCCUGACGUAAGGAAUUGUGUGGUGGUGUAUAAAGCUCUUGCUGUUAUUUUAAUCUGUUGGAUAAAAUAAAAAGUAUAUUACAGUUUGUGUAGGAUAAGGCUAAUUCUAGGAAUUUAUUAUGGCAUCAAAAAACUAUCAAAGAAUUCUAGAAGUCAUGCUGAAAUUAUUAUUAUUUUUUAUUUUUUUUUGGUAGAUCUACCAGUGUUUGCAAUAGUAUAUUUUAUAGAUGAUUCUAAAGGAUUGUGACAUUUUACACUUGUUUUGCGGGCUAAAUUUGUUCGGCAAAUCAAGUGAUUGUAGUAAAUGUUAAUUUUAUUUAUUUUAUUUUUUUAAUUUUUUUUUUGGUUAAAAAUGGACCAAGUAGACCUGCUUAUGUUUGCAUAAGCAGUAACCAGGGAAAGUUUUUAAAUGAUAUAGGCAAAAAUAUGCUGGCAAUGUGACAUUAUGGAAUCAUUUUCAAGUGAUAAGGAGCAUGAUUUCCAAUCAUAUUUUGUAGAUGAAGCAAAGAAUAAAAAAAAUUGAAAAGUUUACAAACUUCAUUUUCUUAUAUUAAUGCAUUUCUGCAAAGCUUUCAUUUUAAAAUCUGGGACCCACUUUAUAUGAGAUGUCUUUAUCUACUAUGUACUUAAGCAUUUGACACAAUGUACUUAUGUACAUCAGGGGCGAAGAUUCCGGGGGAUCCCCCCAAUAAUUAAAACAAGCAAGAUUACUCAUGAUGGAUCUGUCUUAAUCCAGUAGUAGGUGAUAGUUGUAUAAUGAUACAAGUUUAUGCCCUCUGUUUUGUGGUCAGAUGUUAUGAUUUUUCUAAAGACCUAUUAGUAAAAAGAGGAAAUUGUAUGGACUGCCCUAG